CCUUCCUCUCUCCCCGCCAUCUAGUACAAUGUCGACGAUGGAAAGCACAGCCAGCUCGGCUGCCCAAGUAAUGCCGCGACGACGUUUGUCGCAGAGCUCAGCUCGAGUCUGCAAUCACUGCGAGUGCCACGACCAUACUAGUAUACAUGCGUCACCUCACUCAAGUCACUCCGGAUCACUUCCAUCGCCGCCCGACAGUCCACCGCUCGAUCCAUACACCGAUUUCGACCUUGAUUCUAUUUCCUCCUUCCCAUCGGGCUCGUCGAGUGUUUUCUUCUCCUCAAGUGCAGGCUCACCCCACUCACAACCCCGUCAACAAGAACACGUGCACGACUCAGGGCCUGGUCUUAUCAUCCCCUCGCUUACCCUGCCCUCUGCGCUACAGCAUCCGACUCCGUACGGACAGACUCUAGGAGAUUUGUCAUUGCUGCUGGUUGGACCCUCAGGAUCAGGCAAGACUGCGCUCGCCGAGUUCCUUGCCGACGCAGAUGACGUCGUCGACUCUGUUGAGUGGGAAGACAUUCAGGGCGGCCGAGUAUUACGCGUCUCAACGGACUGGAUUGAAGAGCAUGAUGCUCACGGACUUGAACGCUUCGAAGGGACGGCCAAUGUCAGCUUCACGGAGCUUGACGGGUUCGAUUCUACUGUAAAGCCUGAAAGUGUAGCAGAACGGAUACUCGAACCUAUUCACGAUGUGUUUCGUGAUGUCCGCGAUCAAACCGUCGGCUCUCCGUCUUCGCCGCUCUUACACUCCCUCCUCUCGUCCUCACACUCUCCGCUGUACACCGCGUUGAUUUACGUUACUGCCACCCCAUUGACCCAACAAGAUUGCGAGAUCAUCUCGGCCCUGUCUUCCGCGAUUCCCGUCGUACCAUUCUGCACAACUUCUCUAUCAUCCGCUCUCACGCCAUUCUCACGUGGUCUUAGCUCGCAGCCCAAAUUAUCAAGCUUCCAGCCGCACUCGCAGCUAUCGCUCCGUACCGGCCUAUUUCGUGCACCUCAAACAGUAGCUGCGCUCCGCGCCGAAGCGGCCGAUCGUUUCAUGAGAUGGCGCGAAGUCGAACGGGCCAUCGAAGAUAUUGCACCUCCUUACCGGACAUCUGCGAUUUCUCAUGCACAUGGGUUUGCGGCGAACAGGCGUUCCACAAUAACGCAGUAUACAGGAAACCCCGAGGCCGUGGAGAAAUGGAGCAAGGCCGCAUGGGAGACGAUGUUAUCUGAGGACGUCGCACGGCGUUUGCAGCAUGACAAGAUUAAUUCGAGUUCCGGGUACAAUUCCCUUUCAAAUAGCGUACUGUUCACCGGAGCUCCAUGCUUCUCGCCAGCGCUCGAUCCACUUCAUUUCCGCUCGCUAGUGCUGCUGUCCAUGUCACUCCUUUCACCUCGACCUCCCUCCCUCAGCCAGAGUCCACGAUUGAAGACAGAAAGCGCAACUUUGGAUGAUACGCUCACAACAGCGCGUCCUUCUUUGUCGAGGUCUCAAUCCAGGAGAGGUAAAGGCGGGACAGAUGCCGGGAAUGGAGGUUGGCGUGUUCUGCGUUGGAGCCUCGCACUCUUCUGCGCAGGUAUUGGUAUUGGAUGUGUGCUCUCUGCUCUUGCUUGAGAGUAUAUCUGUAAGGAAGAAAAACAGCCCACCGUGGACACGGUCCCUCCACCGUUUAUCUUCACGCUUAUUUGCGAUGCCCGAAUCCCGUCCAUAGCAUGUUUAACGAUUUGCUUGCUUUCUGGCUGAUUCGAUCCGCAUAUAGCCACACCUCGCACAUUAGUUUAUUAAUUGUACAUAUUGUGUUGUGAUAGCAAGUCCUAGUUUCGUUGAUUUCCUUAUCUUACCACACGUACUGUCCUUUCGCUGUUGUCGCUGUCUUUGCAGCUGUAUUCUUCGUGUCGUUCUUUCGUCCUAGCUUCGCUUGUUCAUCUGAAGUUGUUCGGCUUGUAUGUACUAUUAGUAUUAUUGCAGUGUAUUGAUGGAACUGAA